GCCGCUUGCAAGAGGUCACAAGACCGGGUUUCCCUAGAUUGUAUCUAAAAGAGUGAACUGAUGGAUCUCUCUUUCUCUUUGGCAAUCGUUCCGUCCAUAUUCGAUAUAUGGUUGAACCGUUGAAGUCUAAAAUCUGGUUAGUGAGUAUUGGGAACUCUUGCCGGAAACUCAGAAAGUCAGAAUUGAAUAUAAGAAACUCGAUUCAGGCGGAUAUUCGGGAACGACGGGGCACCCAAGUCCGAUUGCAUGUGGAAUUUUAUUUAUCUCAAUCCGUUUAUGAGUUUAAUUAGCACUUGAUUAGUUGAAUCAAGUAAUCGCUAAAUCCAAUCAGAAUCUAAAUCCAUUCAAUCUCUCGAUUUAAAGACGCCUCGGUUCGGCUCUUCCAGGCAGCACAAUCUUUGAUUCAGAAACCGCGUUCCAGGAUUCGCCAGAGGUCCCCCCACCAUUUCCUGUUCGAGGAGAGUGAUCAUGUGCUGCGGGGCGUCUGCAGUUACUGGCAUUUAGAGGGGACACAACCAGUCUGAAAUGACUUCAGGCGCCGCCCUGUUUGUCUCCAACGCACUCAUGGUGAGAAGUGGCGAGCAGCGACCCUCCUCUUCCUCCGCCCUCGAUUGCAGUGAGAUGAGGCACUCUGCUGCGCCCCCACUUAAGGAUUUCGUCUUCGUGGUCAAUCCCAAGGGUGCAAAUGGUCGAACUGGGAAAGAAUGGAAAAAGCUGCUUCCCCGUCUGAAGACCCGGCUAGGACAACAUUGCAAUGCGAUCAAAGAGGGAAUGGAUGCUGUAAUAGCUGUUGGUGGUGAUGGUACUCUAAACGAGGUUGUGAAUGGCUUCUUUUGGGAUGGAAAGCCUCUCCUGGCAGAAGGCCAAGGUGCUAAAUGCAAAACUGCCCUUGGGCUGAUUCCACUAGGAACUGGAUCUGAUUUUGCAAGAACUUUUGGUUGGAAGAAUGACCCUAAUCAAGCUAUUGAUUGCAUUGCUAAAGGACUGAAGAAACACAUAGAUGUUGGUGUGACUAGUCAACUAGGUUCCAAACAUCAUUACUUCUUGAAUGUUGCAGAUGUUCACUUAAGUGCAAAGGCCGGUUAUUAUGCUUCCAAGUACAAAAAAUUUGGCAAUUUAUGUUAUGUUUUUGGUGCUCUGAGAGGUUUCAUUGGGCACAAAAACCGUGAUCUGAGGAUAAGGAUUGAUGCUGGUGAAUGGGAAUUAGUUCCUAAAGUAACAGCCCUAUGCAUAGGGAAUGCAAAAUUCUUUGGUGGCGGUAUGAAAAUAACCCCACAUGCCGAUCCUCACAGUGGAGACCUUGAGGUUGUGAUCCUUCAAGAUUUUAAGUGGUACGACUUCAUUUUUAAACUGCACAAAUUAUACCGUGGGACACAUCUUUCAGUGAGAAAUGUGCAUUCAAGAAGGGUACAAUCUAUAGAAAUUGAGGAAGUAGAAAGUGGAGAUGGUAUCUAUGUUCAGGCUGAUGGAGAACAUUUAGGUUAUCUUCCUAGAAAUUUUACUGUCAUCCCUACUGCUAUUGAGAUGUAUUGUUAAGUUUACAGGCUUGUUCUGUUCUUUGUGUCAAUGUAUUUGCAAUGAAGUGGAGUACAAACCCAAGAAGGCACAAAUUCAUGAAAUUUUCAUCCAAAAGGACUCUCAGGGGCACUAAUUG